AUGGUGACACUCAUGAAGGAAUUCCGGCAUGUGUCUCGCAACCAUCUGAGCGUCAGCCUAGCGAUGUUGCUGCAGCCUCAGCGAAGCUCGAUUGAGCUGGCCCAGCAUUUGUACCCUCAGAUGCACAACCAGAGCGACCUGCUGAGUCCUCGUGUGCUGAGUCCGCGGGCGGCGCCGAUCAGCUACCAAGAGUUUGACGACACUGUCCUUCCGGCCGAGCGGGCAGCAUACUUCGAGAAGUUCGGGCCCGACGCGAGGGGCAACGGGGCAGAGCCCCCCUCGCGGGCCGCGGCACCAACCCACCCGCAGCGGCUCACAGAGGGGCGCCGCCGGCCGAUACCCCUGGAGGGUGCCGUGCUGGCCGCUCCCGGGGCAGAUGCCGCAG